AUGUCUGCCGUCUAUGAGAUUGCAAUUUCAAUAUUUCAUGGGGCUGCUGGGCCGGAUCCAAAUUUGGCAUACGGAAUACUGAAAUCGGGCGGCACUUCGGUGGACUGGCCGAAAACUCUGACGUCGAUUUCCAUUGCAGGCAAAGGGGUGGUCAACCCCAUAACUCCCAUAGCGAGAGAUCUUUACCAGACAGCAACCAGCGCGACUGUAACAGGAACCGGCACGUUUGGACAGUAUCUAGCCAACGGAAUACCAGCGCCUUGGCCGCCAGGCUUCACAGGCCCUAUAACCAUCGCUGCCAGUUCUACUGCAACGUCAAUUUCAACCCCAUCAUCGACACAAGCUACACCGACACCUGACACCUCGGUAACUUCUGGCGGAACGACUACUACUACAUCGAAUACAGAGACCGUCACAAGCAAUCGCCCGACUUCGACCCCCAAGGCCCCGUCGGCUGUCUCGCCGUCCUCAUCGGGAAUCUCAACAGGCGCAGUUGCUGGAAUUGCGAUUGGGUGCGCUUUCGUCGGUCUCGUCAUUGGCCUCCUUGCUGCAUCUUGUCUUUUCAGGCGCAAAGCAGCAAAGCGCGGCAAAACGCUGGACCACGCAGCCAUACAUGAUGAACUCGAGGUGUAUCCCUCGGGCAAAGGGGCCCCGAUCAAUGACAUGCAACUGAGCCAGUUCCUACUCGAGCCCACACCGGACAGAGAUGUUGCUCAAGAAACCCAGUCGAUUGGCGCACUCAUCGACCAACAUGUCGAAAGCUACUACCACCACCACCCAAUCGCAGGCGACCAGAGAGCUCCCGCUUCUGCUCUCGCCGACCUUGGUUUUCCGUUCAGCAGCGCCGCGUCCCUAGAUGCUCAGGGCGCUACUGCGCUUUGCCUUGAUCCACGCAGCCGACAAGUCGGCCUGCGCCAUGCCAUCAUGCGAGUCCUGUUCAGCAGCAUCGACGUACACUCUUCUCAAGGCCCGUCAAUGCUACCCGCACCAGUCGCCUCCUUUUUACGAGCUAUUCCCCCAGCCGAAAGCGACCGCCUCGGCGACCCUCAAGCAAAUGAGUUGGCUCUUCGAAAGUGGCGCAAGCUGUCGGCCUUUCUUCUCCAUCCGGCCCGCAGCCAGCGAACCCCUCUCCCCACAACCGGAGAUGCAACGGUGGAGGCGCAGGCCCAGGAGCUGGCCAGGUCGCUCAACACGUUUCUGCGCUUCUUUGUCGACAAGCAGCACCAGCAGCAGCAGGUGGACCAUCUGCAGGCGGUUAUUGAGGAGUGUGCGAAGCUGGGCUACAUGCUCUUUUCUCAUCCAUGUGACUGGGCGUUCAUCUUUGAGCCGGAUCCCGUGCGAGGAGGAGUCGUGGUGGUCGAGGCUGGUCUGCGCAAGGUGGUUGUUGACCGAGACAUGGCUCCUUCCCCCACAACCUCUUCUCUUGGCGCGUUUCCCCAGAUUCUAGUUGAGCCUGUCAUGGUGGCUACUUGA